AUGACGCCGCUGCAGUCCAAGUUCUUCCACUUCUUCAACCAAUACGCCGACGUAUAUCACCCCGAUUACAAACUGAGCCAAUGGGAUCAAAUCCGGAGUAUAUAUUGUCUUCACGCCAUGAACCAUGUCUUCAAGACUCGCGACCGUGUGCUGAAGAACAAUCAGAAGCUCAAAGCGCAUCCAGACCAGUAUGCAGAGGGCUUUCAAAUCCGAGAUCAAGGCUACACUCGACCCAAGGUGUUGAUUCUCGUGCCAUUCAAGAACGACGCCCUCGAUAUUGUCAAGAAACUCAUCGUGCUUUCAGGAACAAGCCAGCAGGAAAACAAGAAGCGGUUUUUUGACCAGUUCAAGAUCGACGAUACAAACGACGUCAUCGAUCCUCGAAAGCCAGAGGAUUACAGGAGGAUCUUUGAAGGUAACAUCGACGACUGCUUCCGAGUCGGCAUCAAGUUCACUCGAAAGAACAUGAAGUUAUUCUCCAACUUUUACGCAUCCGAUGUGAUUAUCGCAUCGCCGCUUGGGCUCCGGUUGAUCAUCGGAUCCAAAGGCGACAAGAAGCGCGACUAUGACUAUCUAUCGUCAAUUGAGGUAGUUGUUGUCGACAAAGCCGACACGAUUCUGAUGCAAAACUGGGACCACGUCGAGCACAUUUUCAAUCAUCUCAAUCUGACGCCGACCGAAGCACAUGGAUGCGACUUUUCUCGGGUCAGAUCUUGGUAUUUGGAUGGAAGAGCCAAGAACUUGCGACAAACGAUCGUGCUUUCGGAGUAUGCGACGCCAGAGCUGAACGCGCUGUUCAACCGUCGCAUGAAAAAUGUGUUCUUGAAGACGCGCACCAAGUCGCUCUUUGCCGGAAGUAUAUCCGAUGUUGUCGUGCAAGUUCCCCAGCUGUUCCAUCGAAUCAACUCAAGAUCGUUGAAGGAAGAAGACGAUACUCGAUUUACGUACUUUGUUGAGAAGGUUCUUCCCACCCUGAGACAGUCCGCCGUCUCUCAAAAGCACACACUCAUCUUUGUCCCAUCCUUUGUGGACUUUGUCCGCGUGCGCAAUUACUUUUCCGAAAAGGAAGAGAACUUUGAGCUGCUUUCAGAAUAUUCCUCCGGAAGCGAUAUUGCUCGGGCCCGCUCGGGUCUCUACCACGGCAAGCUCGACUUUGUUCUGUGUUCCGAGCGCUUCCACUUUUUCAAGAGAUACAAUCUCCGCGGUGUUCGACAUCUGGUGUUCUAUGGUCUGCCUGAUCACCCGGGUUACUAUCCCGAGUUGAUGAACAUGAUGCACAAGGCCCCGGACAACACCUGCACGGUUCUCUACUCCAAGUAUGACAAGCUCAAACUCGAGCGCAUUGUCGGCAGCAAGCGCGUGGACCGCAUGUGUGAGGGCGAAAAGGAUGGCUUUAUGUUCACCUAG